CCAAGUGUCCGAUUCGCUUACUCUCAUCUACCCCUUGGCAGAUUUAGUCGCGACUGAACUGCCAUCUAAUGGAUCGAGCGAGUUAUCGUUCUUGAGGGAACCAAAUACUAACCAAUCAAAUAACGCGUUAUAAAUUCUGGUACAUGUGUACGUUUACAAAAUGGAGUUGACAGAUGAAAAGAGAAAAGAGAUUGAAGACAGGUUUAACAUAGAGUGUUUGAGGGGAAAUCAAGUAAAUGGGAUCAAAGCGGUUUGUAAUGGAAAGGAUGUAUUCGUAGGAUUGAAGACGGGUAGCGGGAAAUCUAUGAUUUACGAAAGCAUUCCCGUCAUUUGUCAUGACGCUUGUGUCAUAGUUGUGACAGCCCUUGUUUCCAUAAUGAAAGAACAAACGGAAAGACUCUGCAAGCUAGGUUUCACUUGUACAUAUAUUGGAAAGGACCCAGACGACGAUGAUGUGUUACAGGAAGGGGGAUUUCAGUUUAUUUUUGGCAGUCCGGAGGCACUGGUUGGCGAGAAGAAGUGGAGGGAUAUGGUAUCUAAAUUAAGAGAGAAAAUUAAAGUCAUCGUCGUGGACGAGGCCCACACAGUUGUUCAAUGGGGUGAAGGAAAUGAUCACCAUAAGGCCUUUAGGGAACAUUUCAGUCAAAUAGGAGAGUUGAGAGCAAUUUGCCCAGACGUCCCUAUAGCUGCCUUAACCGCAACAUCAGGUCCUGCACAGCGUCGCAAAAUCACGAGAAGUCUUUGCUUCAGGACAUCUGAAACUGUGAUCAUAUCAGAGUCUCCCGAUAGGAAAAACAUUAAAAUAUCCUCAAUGUGUGUCCCUAACAACAGUGAAAUUGAAGAUGUAAUGGGUUGGUUGUUGAAUGAAUUUGAAAAGAAAAAGGAAACACUUCCAAGACAUAUAAUAUUUUCAGAAUCAAUAAGUGAUGUGUCUAAAAUUUAUGCAAUAUUUAGAAAAAGGAUAGGAAAAAGUGAACAUUAUGAAAUGUUUCAUAGCAAAACAGUAGAAGGCAGAAAAGAAUACAUUAGGUCAGAUAUGACAAAAGAUGGAAAAAUUAGAAUUUUGAUAUGUACCAAUUCGGCAGGCAUGGGUGUAAAUUUCUACAAAGUACAUAAUAUUAUUCAUUAUGGCCUCCCAAGAGAAAUGGACACUUUUGUUCAACAGAUGGGUAGGGCAGGCAGGGAUGGAGAAUUUGCGCAUGAACUUAUUAUUUACAAAUUCCACAAGGGACAAUUAAAACGAGUUGAAGAGGAACUUGUUCAAUUGGCUAAAGAUUCAAAGUGUAGACGAGAAAUUUUGUGUUCGUCUUAUGGAUGUAAACUUGAGAAGGUGAUUCCAAUGCAUAUGUGUUGUGAUGUCUGUGAAAAAAGUUGCAAAUGUGAACUUAACUGUACGGACACCCAUCCAGCACUAUUGUUUGAAUUGCAAGAAGAAAAUACGAAUCAUAUGAGCCGAGAUGUCAAUUCAGCUGACAGGGUACUAUUAAAGCAGAAACUAGAUGCAUUACAAUUUAAACUGUCAAAUUUUUCAACACUGAUGAAAUCAGAAUUAAUUCACGGUUUGUCUAAUGAUGUUAUACACUAUGUUGUACAGCAUGUUGAACAAAUUUUUACACCUGAAGAUAUUUUGAAAAACUGUGCUGUAUGGUCAUAUGAUGUUGCUAACCAAAUCUCAAAUGUUAUCAAUGAAAUAUUCGGAGAUGAUGUUAUGUACAGUGUUUUAGAUACUGAAGACGAAGAUGAAGGUAACUAUAAUGAAUGACAUGUAAGUACAUGUAUGUACACGAAUCAAUCUAAUUAAAAUUAGAUCCUAUGAUCCGCUCAUCUACCCAUGUGUAGCGAUAGUAGAUGAGCGGAUCAUAGGAUCUAAUAUUAAAUGGAUUGGUACACAAAUUCCUAUUUAGCACUGUCAGAAAACAUUUUCUUAAUAUGUUAAUGCAAUAAAAUGAGAACAACUGCUCUUUUUUUUUCAUUUCAUUAUGGUUGCUUUGACUUACAUCAAUCUAUACUGCAUAUACAAUGUACAGUAUUUAAAUGGCUUCAUAAGACAGUCUCUCCUUUUGUUUACUUAACCAUUUGUGUAAUUCUGGGAUAUUAAUUCUGGAAAACAGAUCAUUAAAGUUUUUGAAAUUGU